UAGUUCAUUGGAUUAAACUGAAAGUGGAAGCGGAUGAGCUACUGUCAUUGUUUUGCACUUCAGUGGCAUGCUAUUGCAUGUUUUCUUUGUGUUUUAUUGCUGACAAACAAUUUAUAAUAAACAUUCUUCUUUGUCAUAAUGAGCUGUGAUGGUUGGCUGUCCAAAUGGAUUUACUGCGUUUCGUUUCCGGAAGAAAACACAGUAAACGAACGAACACAUCUCCUCGAAGUGAGCGAACAGACUCAAGAAAGUCCGGCGCCGGCGCCUGCCGCGCCGCCUCGGAAGCCUGACGAACAGAGCGCCCUGAAUAGGAUACUACAUGAGACUGCCACUAACGUGAUAGACGUGGGCGCGCUGGGCCCGUACGCGCUGGAGCCGGGCGCGUAUUCCGAGCGUGUGCGCGCCUACACCGCGCGCGUGGCCGCCGCGCCCGCCGCGCCGCCGCCGCCGCCGCGCCUGCUCAAAGACGUGCCCUUAGCCGAGCGGAAUGUGCUGCUGGCCAAACCACCGUUGAGCAAUGACGAUAAGGAAUUAAUAGCGAACGCAGUAAAGAAGGCAGCGGCCGCGAUAUCGGAACUGCGAGUGGAGCAUCAUGAGGACCUGGUGGUCCCGUUCAGGGUGCCAUAGCAACAGAGACCGCAGUCUAGACGGUCCUUCUAAACUAACUCUUAGACCGUAAGGUCUUUCCGUCAGGUAAAAUAUAGAAAAGUUUUUAUUUCACAGUAUGAAAAUAGCUUAAUGUUUCAUGUGUCUGACCUUAGUUGUACAGUCAACCAAUUGGGACCCUAGGCCACUCUACAACCAUGUCAAAAUGACAAGCAGUAAGGGAUUUCUUACAAUCUGAUUUAUAAAGUCACUAUGACAUAGUUCUACAGUGGCCUAGGGUUCCAAUUAGUUGACUGUACCUUCAGUCUUUAAACUAAGGUCAAUGAACCACCGAUUAUCUACAGUGUUUAAAAAUAAAUUUAUAAAUUGGUUGGUUCAAAAAGUGAUUACCUCACCAUAAUCUAAUGAGGACCUUAAAUUAAUGUAAAUAAACAUAACUACAGACACAAAAAAGAUUCAUUUCUCUGUAUGAGUAAAGUAUACUUGUGUGGCGAUUUUAUGAAACUCGCUUUCGGCUCAUUUCAUAAACACACUUGAUUUUAAAGCUUUUCAUUAUAUAACAAUAACAUAAAGUACUUUCUUAUACUUCUUACUUGACUUUUACUGUCAUGAAUGGUAAUAGUUUUUACUUUUUCUUAUAAUUGACAGAAAUAUUUUAAUUUCAUGACUAAGUCUUUUAUGUUUUACUUCCCGCACAAGCACACAAAACAUUAUCUGCGCUUAAAAAUCCACCCUGUAUUUUAAUUUCAUAGAAUAUCAAAUUACAAAAAUUACAUGCUAAAGAAAAUCAGCACUAUGUGCCAAAACUGUUCAUUAUCAAUACUAAUAAGUCUAAUAACUUUCAUGUCACAUUAUUCUUAAGACUUGCCUUAAACGUCGCUUGCUAAGAGUUACUUUAGGUUUGUCAUUAAUACAGGGUGACUCAAAAAUAGGGCUGAAAAAAAAUACUACAUUGAUCCUAUUUUUGAGAUACUUUUCGUUUUUUUUUUACUUGCAGCCAUACUAGUAAUGUAUAAAUGAACAGUAUAUGGCCUUAUUUAAGAUGGAUAACUACCUUCUAGAGCUCUCAGUUAAGUUAUUUUGUUAAAUUGUAAUAACUUUUGCACAUAAGUUAUCUUUUUGUUUAACAAGGGGAGUAGAUAUUAUGAUAAUCGUCUAUGUACGUCAAUCAAAUUGUGAAUAAUUUAUAUUUCGCUUUUUUAUUCAUGUCAAUCAAAACUCAUUUAAUAAAUAGAAAUUAUCUGAUUAAAUACAGGAUUUUUUAUAAGAAGUCAAAUGUAAAGUCUCACUGAUUUUAUUCUCUCCCAUAUUCAGAUUAUAUUUUCCCAGUAAAAAUAAUUAUGUAAGUGACUGAAUCGGCUUAGGACCAAAAAUAUUUCUUUGUAGAAAAAUCAGUGCGAGGCAGCCCUAUGCCAUAGACUCAUCACUUAAACUCAAAACUAAUCAGCGUUUUAUAAAAUGUGUCUUAAGCCCAAGUCUUAAAGUCUAUAUUACAAUGGUUACAAUUCUCUGUAUUUACUGCAGGCUGCUUAGGGCUGGCCCAAAUGUAAAUUUGUAAUAAAUUAAACGAGAAUUUUCUUUGCACUGAUUUCUAGAUUAUGUAGAAAUAUAAUUAUUUAAUGUUUAAUUCAGUAUUUUACCUAUUCUGAGCCCUCAUUUAAUAUUUUGUCUCGAUACAGAAAGAUGUUUUUAUUAUGGAAUAAAUCAUUGCAGAAAUAGUUCUAGAUAUACAUACAAGACUUUAAAUAUAUAUUGUGUGGUCCGAGGCAAAAAUAUUUGAACCUAAGAGUCGCGUUUAUGUAUUUUUGUCCCAUAGUUCUCAUAUAUAUAUUUAUCUCGUAAUUAUAACGCACAGGAGCCAACGUCAAAGCAGUUUAAAAUCGUGCAUGUUUUUAUUGAUAUGAUUCUAAUUAUUCAUUUGCAAAUUCUAUGGAUGUUGAUAUUAUCAAAUUGAAUACUUGGUAACUAAGGAUCUUUUGACAAGCAAAAACUUGUAUGAAUUACUUUCUUUGGCAUGAAAAAACCUUAGCCGCGACAUUAGCCGCGUAAGCUGAAGACCCGGCUUCGAUUCCCGGCUCGGCCACCAGUGGGCCUUGUCGUUUUUUUUCGUGUAUGAUAUCUAUUUCAAUUUAUAAGAAUUAAUUUUGAAAUAUCAUCAUAAAGAAGAAUAAUGUGAAUUUUUUUUUACGCUUGAGUUUAAUUUGGGCAAAAAAUACUGAAAUUGAUCAAAGUAAAUACAAAAUACCUUAUUUUACUAUGAAAUCCGUACAAAAAUAACCUGCCUUCAUUUUAGUGCGUGACUCGCCUAACAGUAUAUAUUAUUGUCUAAAAACUAUAGUUUUUGCCUGUCAAAAGACUCCUUACAAUUUUUAUAGUAAAUAUGUAUAUUAACUUUAUUGUAAAAUGUAUAUGCGAUGACUGAUCGAGACUAUGUAGCUUAACUUGUAAAUAUAUAGCGUAUAUAGAUGCUUACCUAUAUGUAUUGUUAUCGUGACAUAAGAGCUGAAAGACAUUAUUAUUGCCUCAUUUAAAAAUAAGUUUUCGCAAAUAAUUAUUUUUUGGCACAAGACAAGCUUUUAUCGCCAUCUGUACUUUUCAAGUCAUCUACUACUCUUCGAGACGUUUCUAAAAACCUUACUCGAUGGGGUGACGACAUUUCAUUACAUAUUUCCUAUGACCACCUUUCUGCUACAUCGGUGUUCACUUACCAUCAGGUGGGAUACUAAGCUUAUCUGUUCAAAAAAGGAAUUGAAAAGUGGCAACAUUGUCAUAUUGCAAUUUUUUUGAGAUGUUACGGCCGAACAAGGAGCGUCCUCCCGUAUUACGCUGGCAACGCACUUACAGCUCCUUUGCGCGUGUCCAUGGUCGCCGGAAAUCGCUUACCACGUGAUUCGUCUGCUUGUUUACCUCCUUUGAUUCCUAUAUAAUGAAAAAAUGUGACGAAUAGUAGUGUCUUUCAGUAAAAAGAGCUUAGUUUGUUUAAUGUUUUAAUAACGAUGCCAUUUUUCUACACUUGUAUUUAAAAUGUGUAAAAAUUGUCGUAAGUAAUCAUUUUUCAUUCAAUGGAGUCUUAAAAACUUGAGUGGGGUAAUGAUACAAACUUAAUUUUACCCCAAUUUUGGGGUAAAAUGAAAGAUUGGAAAAUCUAAUUGUACCUUACUUAAUUUUGUGUUUUAAAUAUUAUUGCUUGUGAUAAUGUUUUAAACAAUUAUUAAUUUUAAAAUAUCAUCAUAAAGAAGAAUAAUGUGAAAUAUUUUUUACGCUUGAGUUUGAUUUGGGCAAAAAAUACUGAAAUUGAUCAAAGUAAAUGAGGAGAGUCUUUACAAAAUGCCUUAUUUUUCUAUGAAAUGUAUAUAAAAAUAAGCCGUUCUGAAAAGAUAUCCUCAAAUAAAGGUCAACCAUAUUAAAUGUUGACAAGUUUUACAAGUUUACGCUAUUAAAACAUAUAAUGAUAAUGACAUUAAGUGUAGAAAAAAUAAUGUAAGUGAACUGUAACAUAAGGAAAAAUCACAUUUUUUGGCUCAUUAAGCAUAUUUCUUAGCAUAUUCUACACUUAGGUCAAUUUCAGUAUUUUUACGCUCGAAUCUUAAAUAAUGUUAAAUUUGUAUCGUUUUAAAAUGUAUGAAUUUGAAUUCCCUUUUACGAAAGGCUGUGGUAAGUAACGUUUGCGGUUCUGAGCCGCUCUUGACGGUUUAGCGGAUAUCGAAAUUCGAAAAUAUUGUCUAUCUUUGGGGUCCCUAGCUGACGCGGAUUACCCGGAAUGGAUGCCCGUCGAAUAAGAAAUGAGGAGGCACACUGACAUUUUAUCCCGCCAGGCGGCGCCUGUGCAAGUGUCUAGGCAUGUCACUGUCAUAUGUGAGAGAAAAAAAUAUCUUCUCGCUCUCACGUAUGAAAUUCUUUAUCUAUGCAAUUGACUAAUAAGGUGGCGCCAUCUGUCAUAACCUUUGAGUGUCCUCAUUGUAUGAAAAGCAAUGGUGCGGGCGCGUGCGACGGACUUUACUAAGCCUGAUUUAGAUGGCGUGCGAACUCGCAUGCGGUUUUAGUUACAUUGCGGGCUGUUGAGGUUACAUACAAUUUUGCACAGCCAUCAAAUACCGUAAUGUAAUAAAACUCGUAUGCGAGUUCUCGUACCGUCUAAAUAGCCGGACUUGCGGACGCCAGUUAACGGUCUUUCUUGUGUGGGAGUGAGAUAGAAAAUUUUCGAAUUUUGAAGUUUGCGACCGCGUUUGUCUCAUAGAUCGUCAGUUAUUUUGUUAUGCACACGAUUAAUGUAUAAAAUAAAUAUAUUAUUUGUA